UUCAUGAGUUCCCUCUAUUUUCUCCAAACUUUUUGGCUUUUCUUUCACAUACCUUCCUAUCUAGCCCCGACCAUCUACAACGUUCCGAUCAACCCCCAAUUUCUGGACGAUUCAUAAACUUGUAGCUAACCUUUUUCUAUUUUUUUUUUUUUUUUUUUUUGGGUUUUUUGGGUGUGUUGGUGACAAGUGAAACAACAAAGACUUACGUCGAAGAUCUGAUAAUCUGAGAGAAACCCGCAUCGAAAUUUGUUGAUUUUCGUGUAUAUUUUGCAAUUUUGAUAUCUGGGUCGUUCUUCGAUUCGUGAUGGGUUGGAGAUACAGGGCUGGUUUGUUCCUGAUUGCUGCUGUUGUAAUCAUUUGGGUCACCUCUGCAGAAGUCACCCAGGGUAUUUUUACAGAUUAUAAGCAACCAUUUGCAGUGACCUAUCUUGGAGUUUCUCUAAUGGUAGUUUAUCUCCCAAUAGCAUUCAUUAAGGAUUGGAUAUGUAGCAUCAUAAGAAAACGCUCUUGUAAUAAUGAGUCUUCUGCUGGAUUUAGCUCCCCUUUGAACUGCAUUGCGGGGCGUAACAUCUUUGAAAUUGAACUUGAAGGGAAUUUGAAUAAAAAAGACAGUGACGCAGACCUUUCUGCUCUGGAAGAGGGAAAGCCAUUAGUUCCUAAACACAUAGAUGAUGCAGACGUGUUAAAACAACAGAAAGAGCUUACGACCAAGGAGAUUGCUGGUUAUGGAUUUUCUAUUGCCCCUCUAUGGUUUGUUACAGAGUAUUUUUCCAAUGCUGCACUUGCUCGUACAAGUGUUUCAAGUACAACAGUAUUAUCCUCAACUUCAGGAUUAUUUACUCUUUUCAUUGGUUCAUUUCUGGGUCAAGAUUCCUUGAACAUGGCAAAGGUGGCUGCUGUAUUUGUCAGCAUGUCUGGUGUUGCCAUGACAACUCUAGGGAAAACUUGGGUUACAGAUGAGUCACAAGAAGUAAAUGCUUCUGAAGAAGGGAAACACUCUCUUGUUGGAGAUCUUUUUGGCCUUCUAUCAGCUAUGGCAUAUGGGCUCUUUACUGUACUACUCAGAAAGUUCUCUGGUGAGGAAGGAGAAAGGGCUGAUGUGCAAAAGUUGUUCGGAUAUAUCGGAUUGUUUACACUUGUAGCACUAUGGUGGCUUGUAUGGCCAUUAACAGCACUAGGAAUUGAACCAAAGUUUACAAUUCCUCAUUCUGCUAGACUGGAUGAAGUUGUUAUUGCCAAUGGAUUUGUUGGAAGUGUUGUUUCUGACUACUUCUGGGCAUUGUGUGUCGUAUGGACAACUCCACUGGUGGCUACUUUGGGCAUGUCUCUCACCAUCCCACUUGCUAUGGUAGCUGAUAUGAUGAUUCAUGGCCGUCAUUAUUCAGCCAUCUAUAUUCUUGGUUCAAUUCAGGUAUUUCUAGGAUUUGUUAUAGCUAAUAUUUCCGAUAAUUUCUGCCAGAACUUCGGGUUGUAGCAUUUUGUGAAAUAUUUCUUGCUUUGGCAAUCAUAAUUCUUUCUUGGGGCCAAACACCACCUUGUUGAUUAAGGUCUAUGGAGUUACAUAAUGUCGGGAAAGUCCUGGGAGAGAGGUUCUUGGCAUCUGCAACAAGGAGAGAAGAUAAAUAAUGCUAGUCGUUGUAUAACUAAAUUUUGAGCAAAUGGUAUAUACAAGUGAGUCUUUCUCAUUAUGGUUCGAGUGUUGUGUGCCCAAUAUGUAAUAAAAAGAUUUUGGCCAAAUGGUUCUCAUUUUUGUUUUUAUUUUUGGGGGCUUGUUCUUAGUUGUAUUGUUCCAUGGACUGUGAUUUCCAUGGAUGUUUUGUACAAAUUUUGUCUACAGAUUAAUAUCCAUAAUUGUGCUUUCCAAUUGAAA